AAGUAAUCUUCAAGAAUGAAGAAGAAAAGAGGGAAACAAGGCGGAAAUCCUUCAGAAAGCAGACACAGAGAAACUAGAUAUCGGUUUCUACGGGUGUACCACUGGCAGAGCAAGCAGAUCAAACAUACAGGAGUGGAUGACAUGGUGCUGUUGAGUAAGAUUAGUGAAGACGCUAUCGUCGAAAACUUACAUAAGAGAUAUAUGGCCGACCAAAUUUUUGUAUCCUUAAAAGACAUUUUAUCUAGUGUUUUUAUAGCGUACCUGUCGAAAUGUAGAUUGUUGCUGCCCCCUGGUGGAGAAAAUGAUGUAGAAGCAGCAGCCGCGACGUACGAAAAUCCCCCUCACAUCUAUGCCUUGUCUGACAACAUGUACAGAAACAUGCUAAUCGACAAUGAAAGUCAGUGUGUUAUCAUCAGUGGGGAGAGUGGUGCAGGAAAGACCGUCUCGGCCAAGUUCAUCAUGUCAUAUGUCGCCCAAGUGUCUGGCGGAGGUCCACGUGUUAAACAUGUCAAGGAAAUCAUCCUGGAAUCCAAUCCGCUUCUAGAAGCUUUUGGAAAUGCCAAGACAGUACAGAAUAACAACUCUUCAAGAUUUUCUCGGGUUGUUUCCCAGAAUCUGAACGAACGAAACUUCCACAUCUUCUACCAGCUCUGUAGUGCGGCUACUAAAGAAAUUCAGACAAACCUUGGAAUCACAACCCCAGAUUACUAUUUUUAUCUCAAUCAAAGUGGAGUAUUUACUGUCGAUGGUACCAAUGACGGUAAAGAUUUUCAGGAAACCAUGAAAGCCAUGGAUGUGAUGGGGAUGACAGAAGAGAAUAAAAUGAAUGUUUUAAAAGUUGUGGCAGGAAUCUUACACAUUGGUAAUGUAACCUUUCUCGAGCAGGGGAAUUAUGCUGUCAUUGAAAAUGAUCAAUUUUUGGCCUUUCCAAGCUUUCUCUUGGGAAUUGAAGAGGAAAUGAUUCAAACGAAACUAACUAGUCGAGUGAUGGACAGUAAGUGGGGAGGUAAAUCGGAAACUAUAGAAAUGAAGUUAAACAUUGAACAAGCUGCCUAUACAAGAGAUGCCUUAGCUAAAGGAUUGUAUUCUCGUCUCUUUGACUACCUCAUUCAAGUGAGUGGAAUACUUCAAGAAGAGUAUAUACAAGAAGGGAUAAAAUGGAAACCAGUGGAAUAUUUCAAUAACAAAGUUGUGUGUGAAUUAAUUGAAAAUAAAUGUCCUCCUGGCAUUAUCUCUGUUCUGGAUGACAUCUGUGCUACGAUGCAUGCUGUGAAUGAAGGUGCUGACGUCCAGCUUCAACAGAAACUAGAAAAGUCAGUAGGGGGCAAUGCUCAUUUUCAAGGAUCAGGCAGUGGAUUUGUUAUUCAUCAUUAUGCUGGAAUGGUGAGCUAUAAUGUGGAUGGUUUCUGUGAACGAAAUCGUGAUGUUCUUUUUACAGACAUCAUUCAGUUGAUGAAGACAAGUGAUAAUCCCUUCAUAGUCAACCUGUUUCCAGAAAAUGUCAGCACUACCAUUCGCACAAGGCCCUCAACCGCUGGUAGCAAAAUAAGGACUCAAGCCAACAAACUAGUUGAGGCUCUUACAAAAUGCACCCCACAUUACAUAAGAUGUAUUAAACCCAAUGCAUCUAAGAAAGCACAUGACUGGGAUGAACCUAGGGUGAAACAUCAAGUUGAAUAUUUGGGAUUGAAAGAAAAUAUAAGGGUAAGAAGAGCUGGUUUUGCUUAUCGCCGACCUUUUGAUAAAUUUCUUCACAGGUACGCAAUUUUGACGAAGGAGACAUGGCCCAGCUGGCAAGGAGAUGUCAGAAAAGGAGUGUUACAUAUUUUGAAUCAUGCUAACUUAGAUGACGACGAGUACCAGCUGGGAAAAACUAAAAUCUUUAUCAAGGCUCCAGAAUCACUUUUUCUUUUGGAAGAAAGAAGAGAAAGAGUUUAUGACAGUUACGCACGUGUGAUACAGAAAGCUUUCCGUCGUUACAUAGCUAGGAGACACUAUAUGCAACUGAAAACACAAGCUGCUGAUCUGCUCUUUGGAAAGAAGGAGAGAAGACGUCACAGCAUCAACAGAAAUUUUAUUGGUGACUAUAUUGGUUUGGAUGAGUUUCCUGCGAUUCGUGCUCUUGUAGGAAAAAGAGAGCAUAUAGAAUUUGCUGGCACAGUUAAAAAGUUUGACAGGAGGUUUAAGAUCACAAAACGAGAUUUGGUGCUAACACAAAAGUGUCUUUACCUUAUUGGAAGAGAAAAGGUUAAAAAUGGACCUGAGAAGGGGCUUGUGAAAGAAGUGAUUAAAAGAAAAAUAGAACUUGAAAAUAUCAGUCAGAUAGCAGUUAGCACACGUCAAGAUGAUCUGUUAGUUAUUCAGGUGAAAAAUGACUAUGACAGUCUCCUAGAAUGUAUGUUUAAAACAGAACUGUUGACUAUGCUUGACAAAGCCUUUCACAAGAAGUUCGAGAAAGCUUUACCUCUGAACUUUUCUGACAGCAUGCAGUUCCGUGUCAAAAAGGAGGGAUUUGGAGGAGGAGCAACAAAGCAAGUUAAAGUUUCAGCGGGUCAAGGAGAUUUUAUGGUGAUGAGGCCCACUGGGAAAAUCCUUUUGGUUUAUAUUGGUCCUGGAUUAGCAAAAGAUACACGGCCAGGACUUCGGCAGUCAGUAGACCAUAACUUAAACCAGUUUAAAUCUUCAGCAAGAGGUCCACUUAAUGUACAGCCACCAAAACACACGAUGCCUACAUAUCAACACAUUAGACGAGCUCCUCCGCCUCCUAAUUUUCCACCACCUCCUGUUCCUGAGGAAGAAAGAACAUCAGCUAUGCAUGUUCCCUCUACUGGUGCUGAAGGAAAAGUACGAAGUACAAACACCAAGCGUAACUCCAAUACAGCGCCUUUUUUACCCGAAGGAUUUACACAACAGAUUGCUCACCGAUUGAAUCAAGCUGUUAUAUCAAGACAGACAAGUGUCUCUAAAGAAAACCAAGGUAUCCAGCAAGGUUUACCAGAUGCUGGAAUUUCAAGGAUUAAGAGACAGAGUAUGAGAGAAAACAAACCUCCACCAGGUGGAGGAAAACCUAAGCCACCAACAAAACCUAAACCUGCUUUGCCACAGUGUAGGGCACUGUAUGCUUAUGAUGCACAAGACACUGAUGAACUUUCCUUUGAGGCUGGAGUUUUGAUCAGCAUUGUAAAACAAGAUCCCUCUGGAUGGUGGUUAGGUAAGCUGAAAGGAAAAGAGGGACUUUUUCCUGGAAAUUAUGUGGAGGUUUUGUAGUAAACUAUUUAAAUAACAUGAAAUUAAAACACAUUUAGUGUACUUAAACGUGCCUCACUUACAAUGUAUCACUUUUUGUAUUGAUAUUAUUGAGGAGAAAAUUGAAAUUUUCACUGCUUGUGCAUUGUAAUAACAUUUUUUUUAGUGGUGAUUCAUGAUUGUGAUCAGCCUAGUGAGGUUUUCAUUUGUAAAUUGAUUGAAACUUCUUAGCGUGAUUAAAAUGUCUAUUUUCCUGUUUCUCGCAAAGAAAAUAAGAAUGAACAUUCCAGCAAUGUGUUUAAAGGCUUUUUCACUGUUGAUGCCAGAGAGAUAGAAGUAUUUUGUAGCAUCUAUAAAAACGUGUCGCAACUUAUAAUUCUGAUGUGAACAGUUUUUAUGUGUCUGUUAACACGUUUUCCUGAAGUAAUGUUGGUAAUAACAAUAUGUGAAUAUUGAUUGUAUAAUAAGAAAUGUAUUACUUGGCCAUAAAAGUGUAACUUUAAAUGAUAAUACAAUAAAGCAGAAAAAAAUUAUAUUUUCUAGUCUUAGUGACUACAUCCAAAUAUUUUUAUUUUAGAAGUCGAAAUGGAUACACAUUAUUUGUGAUUAUUAAUUUAUUUUUCCUUUGAUAUAUUUUUUAUACUUUUUCUGUGAGUACACCUACUUAUUCUUCAUAUAAUUAAAAUGAAUAUUCAAUACUUUGAUAGCACUUUACAUAAAAAUGUGCACAUAAAUAUAAAUAUUACACCAUUGAAUAUCUUUGUCUAACAAACGUUACAAAAAAAUAUUCGGCUAAUAUAUAUAUAAAUUGGUUGAAAAAAUAGAUUUUAAAUAAUUUUACUGCCACUCUUCAUUAUAGAUGGUUCUUCUUUAGUUUUUUCUUGUAAUGUCUUCUUUGUCUUUCAGCUUUGCUCUUUAUUUGUAAUAAGUUUUUAAAAAGAAACAUUAUGAUCCUAAUGAGAUACUUAUACACAGAAAAACCUUUUAAACGAAUAAACUAGGUGCAAGUUAGCUAAUGAUACUAAAAGUGUCUUACCUUUUAGUGGUUAAUUUCAUCAAUUCUUUAGAUAACAUCGAGGAUGUUUAAUUAAUAUAUUCAAAUAUUUGGACAAAAUGCUAAUAAUCCUAAUUUUUUUAUUGUUUUAAAACUUUGGGAAAACCUAAAAAAUGCUCUUUUUUUAAGUGUCAACCUUUCUGUGACAUCUGAUCAAAACCCUGUGUUUACCAGCUCAAAAAUCUAUUAAGUAAAAUUUAGAAACAGUUAAAAUAAGUGCUGAUUUGAUGUUAGUUAAGAUUAAUCAAAAAUGAAGUUUUUUAUAAUAUACAGUUAUUGAUUUUUAGACCUAUUGUAUUCAAUUUUACCUUCAGAAUUGUGAGUACCAACUGUUUGAUUUUUAUUUAAAAUGUAAACACAUGUACUGGAGUUAUGCGAUUUUUAAAUUUAGAUUUUAAGUUGAUAAACAUGUAGAUAAUUAUCAGAUGUAUUGAUUUUGAGCAGUGGAAAUGUAAAUCAUGAGAAUAAAUUAUUUAUUAUAAAA